AUGACCGACCAAGGUUUCGUAACCCAGGAGAUCAUCGAUUACCCCUACGCUGGCUCAGGAACAGAACAAGAUCCUUUCGUCAUGGAAUGGAUCCCCAACGAUCCCAGAAAUCCCAUGCAAUUCAAUCCUCGCAUCAAAUGGCUCUACACCGUCAUUGUUGCAUUUGCGAUCUUGGCCGUCUCACUGGCCUCUUCCGCAUAUGCAGGUUCUAUAUCCGAGGUACUCAAAGAUAUGGAUGUUAGUGAGGAAGUCGCUACUUUGGGUGUCUCUCUUUUCGCUCUUGGAUUUGCGGUACGGCCACUUCUCUGGGCCCCUCUCAGCGAGCUUGUCGGACGUCAAGUUGUCUUUUUGAUUACUUUCAUGGCUCUCUCGUCUUUCUGUGCUGGCGCAGCUGGAUCUCAGAAUGUCUGGACUCUGAUUAUCCUCCGCUUUUUCGCCGGCUCUUUUGGUUCAUCGCCCUUUACCAAUGCCGGUAGAGUCAUUGCCGAUAUCUUUGCUGCCGACCAGCGCGGUCUGGCAACGAGUCUCUUUGCUGGUGCCCCUUUCCUCGGUCCCUCGCUGGGCCUGUGCCUUAUAUGGAUGGUCGAAACUAUGGUUAUUCCAGAAACAUAUGCACCUGUCUUGCUAAGGAAACGGGCUCAGCGUCUUUCGUCCAUCACCGGCUGCGUGUAUCGUAGCAAGAUGGAGAUUGAUCGAGGUAAAGUGUCUGCGCGUGAGGCCUUCAGCGCGGCACUGAGCCGACCAUGGAUUCUUCUACUUGCCGAACCGAUCGUUCUUCUGCUCUCGAUUUAUAUGGCUUUUGUGUAUGGAACACUUUAUAUGCUUUUCGACGCCUUUCCAAUUGCCUUUCAAGAGAUUCGUGGCUGGAGUGAAGGUAUUGGUGGCUUACCAUUCCUCUCGGUCUUGAUCGGGAUGAUGGUCGCUGUGGCACUUAACAUGUACGACAACAAGUGCUAUAUUCGCAUUCACAAGAAGCAUCACGGAUUUGCCCCACCAGAGGCUCGUCUGCCUCCUUCCAUCCUAGGUGGCCUCGCUAUUCCUAUCGGCCUGUUCUGGUUUGCCUGGACGAAUUCUCCAUCGAUCCCGUGGAUUGUCUGUGUGCUUGCUACCGCUCCCUUCGGCUUGGGUAUGGUCCUAGUUUUUCUGGGGAUCAUGAACUAUCUCAUCGACUCGUACACCAUCUACGCUGCGUCGGUUCUUGCUGCGAACUCCAUUAUUCGCUCGUGUUUUGGUGCAGUUUCUCCGCUAUUCACUACAUACAUGUACCAUAACCUCGGCAUGCACUGGGCAUCGUGUAUUCCAGCCUUCCUUUCUCUUGCCUGUGUCCCAUUCCCCUUCAUUUUCUACCGCUAUGGCCCUGCCAUUCGACAAAAGUGCAAAUAUGCGGCGGAGGCAGAUGCAUUUAUGCGCUCAUUGACCAAGAAGGCCUAUGACCAAGACCACGAGCCUGAAAAGGAGAUUGAUGUUGAGCCAAUUACCAAUGUCGAUGAAAGCAAAGAUGAAACGGCAGACUCAAACGAGAUUGCACGAGAAAGCGCCUCAAUAAGCUCUCAAUCGACAUUGGAGCGUACAGAGACAGUCUAUGACGCGAACCCCUAUGAUAUUGACCAUGUGAACACGCAUAAUUCCGCCAUCACUCAGACCUCCAGACGUGUCAAAAGUCGGUGGAACAUGUUUAGCUUCGGCCAUAAGUGA